CUCCAUGGCUCGUUGGCAACGGUAUACGUAUAUUUAUUUGUGUUGCCAUCAAAUAAUUAAAGUAUUAAAAGCAGUUUUAAAAAAUACCUACACAUUUCUACAUAAUCCAACAUUCACAAGUAGCUUUCACCAGAACCCCAAAGGCGGCGGUUUUUUUUUCUUAAAAAUUAUGUUUUAUGUUUAGGAAGCAGUGAAGGCGAUAGCGCGCCUGCGAGGGCUGAGCCCCGGCGACGGCGACGGCUCCGUGCAGAAGGAGGUGGUCGCCUUGCGGAACGAGGAGGAAUAUUACAAGACGUUGCCGUCAUUGUCUAUUAUGGUCAUAAUGAAGAACCGCGCGUGGCGCAGGGCGUACCUGGUGGCGACGGCGGUGGUGUCGGCGGCGACGCUGAGCGGCAACGUCGCCGUGGUGACGAUCGGCGCCGCGGUGCUGGGCGCGGCCGGCGCGCGCCUCCACGCCGACAGCUUCCCGGCCGUCAUGAUGCUCGGCUCCACGGCCUCCAUGCUGCUCAUGGAGAGACUUGGCAGACGGGUGAUCCUGGGCUGGUCGUUCUGCGUGGGGGCGUGCGCGCAGGCGUGCCUGGCGACGGCGCUGCUGCUGCCGCGGCUGGCGGGCGGCGCCGGCGUGGCUGCCGCUGCUCGCCGUCGUGGCCGCCAUGUUCGUGUACGCGUUCGGCGUGCUGCCCGUGCCCUAUGUCUUCAUGACGGGAGACUUUUAACAUGCAGAGCUGCUGAGCCUGGUGUCGGCGCAGUCCUGGGCGCUGACGUCCGCGCAGCUGGCGCUGUUCGCGCCGCUGGCGGCGGCGGCCGGCAUGCACGCCGCCUUCUACGCGUUCGCGGCCGUCAACCUGCUCGGCGCCGCUGCGGUCCUGCUCGCCAUGCCCGAGACCAGGGCACGGAGUGUGGACCAAAUUGAACUAAUGCUAAAUAAAUAGACGU